AUGGAUUAGGAAGGAGAAUAGCAAAUUAGUUAAUAGGAUCUUGAAAAAUUAUUGAAUAAUAAAGAAGUUGUUAAUGGGUAUACUUUGUUAUAAAAUUUAAGUUCAGGCCCUAUGGGGAAGGUAUAUAAGUGCCAAAAAAAUGGAAAAUAAUAUGUAAUUAAAAUAAUAAAUUUCGAAAACAGUAAAAGUGCAAAAAGAUAGAUAGAAGCUCUAAAAAAACUGUAAAAUACAAAUUUUAUUGUGAAAAUAGUUGAUUCUUUUCAAAAUGAUAAUCAUUUCUGUUUUGUGACUGAAUUCUAUGAAGGCCAAAGUCUAUUUUCUUUUAUAAGAUCGUAGCCAGAUAAAAAAAUCUAACAUUAGCAAGCUUUAGUCAUUUUUAGAUAUAUUUUAAGUGGGUUGAUUGAACUUCAUGAAUUAAAUAUUUUGCAUAGAAACAUAAAGGUUGAAAAUAUAAUCUUAACUAAUGAUUAAUCUGUUAAGAUUUGUGGAUUUGGAAUAUGUAGAGAGUUAGAUACAGAUAACAUGACUUGGAGUCUGUGUGGAACACCUAGUUAUUUAGCUCCAGAAAUUCUAUUAGGUCAACCGUACAAUUAUAAGUCUGAUAUUUGGUCAUUGGGAGUUCUUUUGUUUGCUAUGGUGACUGGUUAGCUUCCAUUUGGCUCUAAUAGUAGUAAAAAAGCAGUGUAUUAGAAAGUUAAAUAAGCUAUUUUACCAGUAUUUAGUUUCAACAACAUUAAAAAAAACUUAAAAUACCCAGAAAAGCUGAACUUUGGGGAGCAAAAUAAAGAUUGGGAGAACCUGUUCCGUUUGUUUUUUGAAGAAAGACCUUCUAAAAGAAUAACUUAUGAACAGUUAGUUCAAAAUAAUUUAAUAAGUCCAAUGUUAACAGCAGAAUUGCCUAACAUUUUUAAUAGAAAAUUCGAUUAAUUAGAAGAAAUGCUCUCUAGUGUGUAGCAUAGUUACCAGUCUUAAUCAGAAUUUGAGUAAGAUUAGGAUGCUUCUGUUUAUUCUGAAAACUAAUAGAUAGAUUAAUGUGAUAUGCAGGCAAUGCUGUAGAGUAAAAUGCUAGCUAGCAAAAUAGUUUUUGAAAAUCUAAAUUAAAAUUUCAAUGAGCAUGUUAAAGUCUUUAACUUUGAGAUUUACAGAUACCAAACUCUAGUUGACUCUUACUACUAUUUUAAAUAGGUCAAAUUCUAAAAUGCUCUUACUGCUAAUUAGAUUCUCCUCUUCUCUUACUUUUUAAUAAAGUAAAUUUUAUAUUUCUCGUUAUGGCUAGAAUAUAUUCUUACUAAGAAGAUUAAUGCUUUUAAGCUUUCUAAUUUCGAGGCAUUCACUCAGACAAAAACAUCUGCAGAAAUGUUAAGUUAAAUUUCUUCUGAUUGCAGGAAAUUCGAAGAAGAAUUUGAGUCUUCUUAUAACAAAGUUAAAGAAGUAAAUGCUGACAGCAAAUUACCUGAAGAAGUCGCAUCAGCAAUAUUAGAUUAUAAUUUUAUAGAUUUUAAUAACACAGAGUAUUCAAAAAUACCAGAUUUUUAUAAAUUGCCAUACAGAGCAGUUUUAAUGGAUUGCUUUUAAAAAUUAUAUAUUAAAGCAAAUCGAUUUUUAUCCUUUUAGGAAAAAAUAGAUGAUAAAUUAAUUGAGUUAAAAAAUGAUAGAGAUAAGAAAAGAGAAUUCUCUAUUUAACAAGGUUAACAGCUAUUAAGAUUUUCGCUUAGAAUUUUAGUUUGUGCUCUAAUAACUAGAGUAUUUAAAGAUCAGAAAUGCAUAUUGAGUGAAAUAAGAUGUGUUAAGAACAACACAUUUGACUUUGGCUUGUUUUUAAAUUCUUUGACUAUAGCUACAUAAAGACAAACAAAUUAAUCCAUUAAUGAUUUAUUUAAAGCUUAUUUCCCUUAAUUCAACCUUUCAGAAAUUCAAAAAUAAAAGUUUAUUUGA